AUGUUAUUUGACUGUGAACGACGACACAAUCCAAAAUUUCAAUCUAGGGGUUUAUUUAAAGUACAUGACAAUCAACUUGUUUUUGUGAGUGGGGAUAUCGACAACUUUUUUCCACCAUAUCGGAUCCUCUCAUUUGAUAUAGAAACUAGUCGGCAUGAUUUAACUGGUGCCAUUCCUCUAGGGGAUAGUUCAUAUGAUAGGUUAGUUGCUACUUCUUUUCAGACAGCAACUGUAAUGAAUGUCCAAUAUCCAACUGAAUUAAGUGACAUAAAUACCCUUUUGGUUGUAUAUUAUCCAAAUUCUCAAAACAAAAAUAGAGAAUUUUCCAUGAUAACUAAACAAGGAAUUUCGAUCCAUGUUGAAUUAUAUUCGUCAGAAAAACAGACUCUUUCUCGAUCUUUGGAGUUACUAAGCAAACCUCAACAUAUUUUCGCUACUGGUUAUAACACUGAUGGAUACGACCAUCCAUUCCUCUUCAAACGAGCACUAUUUCAUGGUCUUUUACCUGGACAUUUAUUUUUCCACACUUACACUUUAAGGUCAUAUUGUGAUAUGAGAACCGUACCCCAUAUGACUCCACCUUGGAUUUUAGAUGUAGAUGUUAUGAUUUGCCGUAAAAAAAAAUUUCCAGUUGGUAAGUUUCUUGAACCACCUUCUGAUAGUUUAGAUGCUUGUGCAGAAGCUAUAAUGGGCCGCAAUAAAGUAGAUUUUAAUAUUGUAGCUAUAAAUAAAAUGUAUAAAAAUUUAGAAGACAAUGGAGAGGAACCGGAUAGUUUUUUUUUUGAAAAUUUUCUAGAUUAUUGUACUGUAGAUGUGGAUCUGGUCACUCAAUUGAAUGGGCACCUUAAUACUAUUAGAAUUACAAUGGGUUUAUCUCGUAUGGGCGACCUUGACCCAUACCAUUGUCUUGGUGCCAGUUCUACAGCUAUUGUGAGACGUUACCUUAUAAAUUUACUUAAUUCAAUUUAUACGGCUCCUAUUGACGAACAUCUCAUUAAUAAAGUAAACUGUUAUUCACAAUCUCAAUGGGAAAUAGGUCGUAUUCUUCCACAAAAUCGAUACGCUAGACAUUCCAUCGAACAAAAGGAUCAUUUGGAUACAGGUAGAAAAAACACUUACAAAGGCGCUGAAGUUCUUGAACCGAAAAUUGGAGUACAUUUAGCUUCUAAUACUCAUUCAAUAUUUGUUUUUGAUUUUUGUUCAUUAUAUCCUAGUUUAAUUAUUGACUAUAAUUUAAAUCGAGGGUUCGUGACUCGAAUUUCACGUUGUCAACUCCCAGAAGUUGAUGAAAAUUUAUUUCAUAUACUUAUUAUGGAUGAAGAUCCUUAUUUUGCUUAUGUUAGUGUUAAAGUCCAAGAAGGAAAACCAUACACUCAAUCACCAUUACGUCAGAUAUGUGAAAAAUUAGUAAAUGAACGAGGUAUUAUGAAAAAAUUAGGAAUGACCACUCAAGCUAACGCUCUUAAGAUUAUGGUAAAUUCUAUUUAUGGGGCAAUGGCGGCCAUUAAACUACUCGCAGAUGAACUGGUCCCAUGCAUGGUUACUGGUUAUGGUCGGUAUCAUCUUAAUCGGGCUCAACAUUUUUAUACUAAAGAUGAAAAUGGAAUUGGAGCGACAGUUUUAUAUGGCGACACUGAUUCAUUAUUUCUGAAGGUAUCUCGUUCAGCAGGAACUGGAGAUGAAUUGGCUAAUCGUUAUAAUACUAAUCUCAGACAAGAUAUACCUUCUACAUGUUAUCUCAAACUAGCUUUCGAAAAUGCAUUUGGUGUUCUAGUGCUAAUAAAAAAAAAACAUUAUAUGGCUAUACAAGAAAGACAAGUUGGCAAUAAAUGUAAAAUCAGUGGUUAUAAAAAACGUAUCAACCUUAGUAAUCAUCGUGACUUAACAAAUUCAUUGCAACAUGUUCUUAUGAUUUUACGGGACAAUGACUCAGCUCACAUUUUUAAGAAUAUUAGAAAUGAAGUAACACAAUGGUUUAAAAAAUAUAUCACAUUUUCUUUCUGGUAA